CAGAGUUUGAAAAUAUAAUGUCUUAUUGCUUUUUAAUAAACGUAAUCCACACGAGUUGGCAGCACCUGCUAUAGGAAACUUAGAACUUUAUUGCUAAACGAUGUCGGAGAAAGAAAACAUCCUCAACAACACCGCAGGUGGUUCCCCCGCGGAAGAGGACAAGCAGCAGGAGAAAGAUCAGGAGAAGGACAAGCAGGAAGAGCCGGCAAAGAAAAAAUCUGAGGAGGCCGGUUCUUCACCGCCACCAAAGCGCAUGCGAGUCGACGAUCCGGCCCGCGGAGAGCUGGCUCGGCUGUUCGUCGAGUUGGAGGUACAACAGGCAGAGCUGGAAUUGAGCGCUAGUGGCUGCGACUCAGAGAAUCUUGGUGGCGCUGGCGGCAACAAUUCCACUAAGACCCAACUGGAGUCCCAAGAGUUGGUUGUACAACAGGCAGAGCUGGAAUUGAGCGCUAGUGGCUGCGACUCAGGGAAUCUUGGUGGCGCUGGCGGCAGCAAUUCCACUAAGACCCAAGUGGAGUCCCAAGAGUUGGAUGUACAACAGGCAGAGCUGGAAAUGAGCGCUAGUGGCUGCGACUCAGGGAAUCUUGGUGGCGCUGGCGGUACCAAUUCCAAUAAGACCCAACUGGAGUCCCAAGAGAAAGAGCAGGAUCAGGAAAAGGAGGAGGAGGAAGAAAAAGAGCAGAAGGAUGAAGAGCAGCAGGAGGACGAGAUGGAGGAGGACGAGAUGGAGGAGGAAGAGGAGGAGGAUGAAGAGCAGGAAGAAGAAGAGGAGGAGGAUGAAGAGCAGGAAGAAGACGAGCAGGAGGAGGAUGAGCAGGAGGAGGGAGAGCCGACAAAGAAAAAACCCAAGGAGGCCGGUUCGACGCCGUCACCAAAGCACAUGGGUGCCGCCUAGGAAUGCUCGGUUGGUCCGCUGUACAGCUACAUGUUUGGUGACACGGUUUACUUCAUCGUCACCUGGAAGGGAUCCCAGUAGGGGAAGCCGUGCCUGUUGAGCAGAUCAAACAUGUGCACGACAAGCUACUCAUUGACUUCAUUACGAGCUUGAAGUUACAGGACUAAAAAACUCCGAAGCCCAAAAAUUUAUAAAAUAACUAGAGCGAUCUCCCAGCCAUCAUUAAAAUACUUUGAAUCAGAUCACAAUAUAUAACUCAAAUUACUUCUUUUUUUUUUUGUAUUUAUCUUGUAACACAAA